GCACUUCUGUAGUUUUCUCUAGGUCGUCUGGAGAAAAUAGAGCACCUAAUCGAGCAUAUUCGUUGGUUUGAUUUUUGUUUUGGUGGCUGUACUCCAUAUUUUAGGCAAGUUAAUACAAUGACGCUGAGCUAAAAGAACUCAGUUUCCCAGGGAGCAUGUCGCUUCUCCUCCCUAUCUCGCGCCUUCUCCUCUCCCUCUCACUCAAACUCUAUCGGUGUUGUUCUUGAAGCUAACGAUGGCGGCCGCGGGAUGCGGGUCGGCAACCGCGUCUGCUGUUGGCAGCACGAGCGCCAUGGCCACAGCCCGCGGUCGUUUCCCGGGUCGACCAUGGUCGUCCCGCAGCCGUUUGCGCUCCGAGAAGCGCUCGCAGCUCGGCCGCUUGGGGAUGGAUACCGGCGACGCAGCCACCGGAGGCCCGAGGCCCACCACCAGCAUUGGACUUGCGACGAACGAUGACCCUUCUCACUUGCGCUUGCUGGGCAUGGAGGAGAAGCACAGGCGCCUGGGAGAGGCCGGCUACAGCUCCAGCGGCAGCGAAGAGGGAGAUGAUUUCCUUGGGUUUGAACUGAUGAAAGAAGGCUACAGAAGCCCACUACGUUCAAAACGACAUUCCUUUACACGUAAUCCUGUUCGGAAGAAAUUAACCAAACAGUCACAACGGAUGCUCUCUGCAGCAGAAACAAGGACAGAUUCACAAGCUCCUAAAAAAGUUUCAAAACUUAAUCAAGAAACCAAGCAGAGAACUGCAAAUGCUAAACCCAGAAGAAAUGGUUGUAGUGGUUCAACAAGCAACCCAUCCAGAUCAAUUAAGAAAGGAGGAAAAUCGCAAAAUGCUAUAAAACCCAAGAUUACUAUCAAGCUAGUGACUAAAAAGAAAGAAGUGGUAGUCCGCAAGAGAAAUGUGAAAAAGCUUAAGGUAGCUGGGUACAAGAUCCUUUCGAAAACCAGGAAAAUUCAAGGGGCUCAGCUGUCAAGUGCCCAUGUCAAGUUAAAGAAAGGGAGGCUAACUUGCAGGACAGAAAACCCUAAAAGUAAAGGUGAUACAGAUGAAAGCCUUGUAAAACGGGGACGCAGGUCAUCACGUACGAAAGUGGAGUCAACUGGGGUUCAACGUCAAAGGGAGGGACAUUACCAUAGGAAGCAACGAAUAAAAUCUUUGCAGAUGUGUGAUCUUGCACUGGAAAGCAGAAAUGCUGAGCCCCUGUCUGAUAACAAAAGAACAAGGAGAUGCACCAAAAUUGGAAAGAAACAGCCUGAAAAAGAUUCUGUGUUACCUGCAAAUGACAAACUUACUGCGGAAUCUGGAGGACACUGUAUGGAAGAAAGCAAAAGCAUGAUGGAGGCAUUGGCGCAGCUCUCCGAUCAAGGAGCUGUGAAACCAGUGGCCAGGAGGGAGAAGGAUGUUAUGGAAAGUAGAGAGCAAAGAGAAGAACUGCAAGCCUCAGACAUCAGAGUUUCUCUUGCUGGCGAGGUAGAAACACCAUGCGUUGAACCUGCUGAGAAACUGCAUUUUGAAAGACCAGAUGAGGACAUGAGGAUCCCUGGCUUGAAGCUGACAAGGGUGAGGAAUCCGAAAGCAAGUUUCGGCCGAUCUCGGUCUCGUGGUCAGGGUGGUUCUCGUAAGAAGAGGAGUAAAUUUGUGUGGACGCUCACGGUGGUGAAAAGCAAUAGUAAAACUGCGAAGACAGAAGAGUCGGUAGAUUUUGGAAAAACCACUGAUGUGGAGGAUAUAAAGGUUGAGGAGAUCAAAGACGUGCCUGCAGACAGCUGGAUUACUGACAGCUCAGAGAAGGUAGACAACCAGGAUGCCAAAGUUGACACUCCAGUAUCUCCUCACCAUAAACAGGGGCAGCUGAGGCCUUUCAACAAGACAAAACCCAAGGCGUUGCUUAGUUUUGAACAGAUAGAUGUUGUACAUGCACACCCAGAAGAAGCAACACAAACUGAGGAGGACAUUCUGAUGUCCCAAGAAGCAGUUCCACCACUUCAGCUAAAGUUGGUUGCAUCUCCAGGAAAGCAAAACAGCAUGCAGCCAUCGCUCUUUAUAAGUCGAAUCAGUCCUGAUCUGGGAGGGAAAGAGCUCAUUGUUGGCAACAGCAGCGAAGCCCCACAGGAACCCCGGACGCUAUUAGAAGUAAUAGCUACACCAGCUCCACGUGGAAAGCCGAGGUCACACCAUGCUACCUUACGAAAGAAGCGUACCCGUACCCAUAAACCAUGGACUGCCCAUAGACGUAGAAACAAGAAGAAAAUUGAUGCUGAAGUUGAAGCAGUUUCAACAACUGCCCAAACUGAAGAUCAGACUGAGCAAUUUUCCUCAUUAGCUGAUAUUGCAGAAACUAAAUCUCCAUCUAGUGAAGUGGGAAUUUUAUGCAGUAAAUGUCCUUCCCCAAGCAGCAAUGAGCAGUUGCCUAAGGAAGUCCUUGAAACAGUUUCGUCUGAAAUGUUGUCUGAGACUGCUUUGCAGCCACAAGCAAAAGGGGAGCUGAAGCAGACAAGAGAUGGAGAAGUCCUAGUGUUAGAGCCUCCAGUGUCAGAACAAUUACAAGUGGUCUGCAGGAGAAAACCCUUCAAACGACCAAAGAAGCGACGUAGGUCAUUAAUUGGACGACGGUUGAAACGUACAGUGCUCGCUAGGUCACCUGAUGCAGCGUUUGCGAUGGAUGACAUCUCAUCCCAGAUUUCUACAUCGCCCCUUUCUAGGUCCACGCUGGUUGGUGUCGUAAAAACUAAGUACCGAAGACAGGUUGUUUCUACCUCAAGCCUUCCAUUUGGUGUGGUGAAGCGACCCAAAGCCAGGCCAAAUAUUUUAUGUAAUCAGGUGGAACUGAACCUGGCUCAGGACAUCCUCAGCCAGGAUGAGAGUAAUGAAUAUGCGGUGGACUCUCAGUCAGUUUCCGUAAGCCCUCAAGAAGGUAAAUCUAAGGUUCUCAAGAACAUCCGCCACUUCAUCAUGCCUGUAGUCAGUGCCCGGUCAUCCCGGGUCAUAAAAACCCCCAAGAGGUUCAUGGAUGAUGCCGGCAUGUCUGUUUUGCCACGCAGAACCUCUCCUAAAAAAGGUCAUCACUUUAAUUUGCAGCAUCGCUCAAGCAGGAAAAGAGAUGACACUGCGGUGGACUUGCAGUGUCCUGAUCUGACUGCGCAGGAUGAGGACCAAGCAGGAGAGUCAGUAAAUGCUAAUACAACAGAUGAUAUAUCAUCAGCUAAAGAGCCUUCCCAUGACUCAACCACAGAAACAGUCUCUGGGAAACGCAAGUCCCUCUUGCGGAAACCUAGUUUUAAAUGGCGGGUACUUGGGUCAUCUGGAGGAGAAGUAUAUACCCUAGCUCACUCCAAAGAGCAAACAAGCAAAGGAGAUUCAGUUUCACCUGAAGACUUCUCAUCAUUCUCCGGUUCAUCAGUGGGAUCCUCCUCUUUGAAAAACUCAAAGAUUGGGAAAGGGAGGGAUUGCUUGAAAAUGUUUAAUAAGUUGAAGCAGCAGAGUUCAGAUACUGGCAAACAGCAAAUGAAGAAAAGGGUUAGUGAUCACGUUGGUAGUGCUUUGGAGUCUUUUGCUGAAGCAGAGGACAAAGCACAAGAGGAGAAAGAGAAAAGCUCUAGUCCAGCCCAGUCUCUUUCAGAUCCGGAGAAAGCCAAGCUGAAAAUAGAAGACCUUGAUACUCCAGGAGUAGUGCGAAAAGUAUCGGUGUGUGUCCGUACUCUUACUCCUGAAUUCCUGAAGUCACACAUGGGAGAACGUGUACUGAUCAGUAAGAAAACCUUAAGUGAAAGUAUAGCUCUCCCUUCUGUGGCGACAGUUGAGCCUGCAGCAACUUCUCAAGAAGUGGAAGAUACACCGAACCAGGAAGAUGAUAAACCAGAUGCUGUUGCAGAGCUCGACCAAAGUGCCGAAAGUGACCGCGUGGUUGUCGAGGAGAAGGGCAACUCUCACCGAAUCCGUCUCACUGGUGCCAAUAGAAGGAUGUUCCAUCUUCUGAAGAGAGCAAAAGUUCAGCUUAUCAAAAUUGACCAGCAGAAACAGCUCAAGUCCUCCCAGCUGCUGUCUGCUUCUCUGAACGUGGGAUCCCGGGAUGGGGGUUUAAUGUCAGCAAAGAACAGAAGAAAGAAGAAACGAAAGGAGCAGCUUGAUAUUCCCCCCCAAGACAAGAAUGAGGUGCUGCAGUUAUUUGAAGAGGAGCAGCAGUUCGGAGGCCCACGAAUAAAGCACGUGUGCAGAGAUGCCGCUGUCGUGCUGGGACAGCCACGUGCCAUGGUUCCCGACGAUGUGCCCAGGCUUAGUGCCCUACCUCUUCAUGAGAGAGAGAAAAUUCCUCCGUCGCCCAUGGCGCAAGAUGUGUCACCUUCUGAGCCAGAGAGUCCCACUCCACAAGACCAGAAGAUGUCCAAGACUCGGAAAUUGUACGGGGCUACAGGUGGCCGGCACAGGAGCACCUUCAGUUCUUUUGGUUUGAGGUCUCGAAGGUGUGGGAGGUGCAAGGGAUGCCUCCAUGAAGAGGACUGUGGCAAAUGCAUGAACUGUCUGGACAAGCCCAAAUUUGGUGGGCCCAACACAAAGCGCCAGUGUUGUGUGUACAAGAGGUGUGAUCAGAUUGAGGAGAGAAAGGCAUUGCGUCUGGGUGAGAAGCUUUUAAAGGGUCAGGCGAAGCGGAGACGCUCAUCAUUCAGUGCAUGCAACUCCAGCAACGAUGAAGGGGAUGCUACCGAGGGGGGUAGGUCGUCACCAACAGUGCUCGCUGAUGGCCAGAGUCCGUCAUUACGUAAACAGCCACGGCGCUGUGUAAAGCCGCGCUCCUACUGUGACCUUCUGGACUACGACUCAGACCUAGAUAUGGUGGAGACCCCAAACUCUGCAUCCCCAAGGAGAAGGUCGCUCAGCCAUCGCAAUCAAGACUUUGCAGCGGAUGACGAGUGGUUGGGUGACACCUCGGAGGAUGGAUUUAGAAGUCGCAAGGCAGUUCCAAAUAGAGGGCCACCAUGUCGGCGCAAAACUGAAAAGAGCCCUUUGGAGCAGACACCACCAAGUGUCCUGGCUGCGCUUGCCAAUGGCUUUGCCCAAAGGGAGAAGGAGCCAUCGCAGCCCUCUCACAAGAUCCGUGUGGACUUCAAAGAGGAUUGUAGUCUUCAAAAUGUGUGGUUAAUGGGUGGCCUCAGUAUCCUGACAUCAAUUCCAGUGGUCCCUCCUUAUGUUUGCCUCCUCUGCGCUAGCAAAGGGCACCAUGAGAUGCUCUACUGUCAGGUUUGCUGUGAGCCAUUUCAUCAGUUUUGCUUGGAACCUGGGGAACGUCCCCUGGAAGAGAACAAGGAGAACUGGUGCUGUCGCCGCUGCAAAUUUUGUCACGUGUGUGGCCGGAGAAACAAACACUCCAAGCCCCUGUUGGAGUGUGAGAGAUGUCAGAAUUGCUAUCACCCAUCUUGCCUGGGACCCAACUACCCUAAACCCAAUAAGAAAUCCUGUAACAAGAAGUCCUGGGUAUGCAUGACUUGUAUCCGUUGUAAGAGCUGUGGCGUCACCCCAGGAAAGAGCUGGGACACGGAAUGGAAUCAUGAAAGGGGCCUUUGUCCUGACUGUUCCAAACUCUACGACCAGGGUAACUACUGCCCUAUCUGCCACAAGUGCUAUGAGGACAACGACUAUGACAGUCAGAUGAUGCAGUGCGCGACAUGCAACCACUGGGUCCAUGCAAAGUGUGAAGACCUGUCAGACGACCUGUACGAGAUCUUGUCCAGGCUGCCGGAGAGUGUUGUGUACUCGUGCCAGCCCUGCAGCCAAACCCAUCCCAGUGACUGGAGGGAGCUGCUGCAUGCUGAGCUCAAGGCUGGUGUGGAGAAGGUCUUGGCCUGCCUGCUGACUUCCACUCUCACUCAGCAUUUGGUCAAUUGUGGCGAGUGCACAGCUUCUGUUGAUGUUGACCGUGGAGCUGGGGACCAUCCGGCUUGUGAUCUUCGUACUGUGGGCAAAAAGUUUGACAGGGGUCUUUACGCUAGCCUGAAAUCAUUCCAUGAGGAUGUAGUUCAGGUUAUUCGCAAGAAGCUUGAGGAGGAGGAGGAGGAGGAGGAGGAGGAGGAGGAGGGUCUUCCAGAGGGCCAGAGGCCCAGUGCCUUGGCUCGAUCUUACUACUUAAAGCUUCUGGAAGAAGUUUUCAGUUGGUUCAGUGGCCAGGACCCCAACAUAUGGAAUCCACGGUCAAAAGAAUUUCCAGCAGGAAUGCUGCCCAAUGCAGUUCUGCCCCCAUCAGCAGAGCACCUAUAUGCCCAGUGGCGUGAGCGAGAAGAGCACAAGGCGUAUGUGACCACAGGGCUCCAGAAUGGUGACUCCAGGGAGACUGAAUUCAAAACGGAGGAGGGACUCCAGUUGUCUACACCACUUACCAGCAAACCAGCAAGCAACUACCCUAGAAUCAUACGGGACUUCAGGUCAAAAUUCAGAGGAAAGAAAGGACGUCUCUUCAAGCCAGACUUUGACACAGGCUGGUCAAAGGAAGAUGAACGUCAGUGCUCCCUCUGCCAGAAGUAUGGUGAUGCCAAAGCUAAUGAUGCGGGCAGGCUGCUCUACCUGGGGCAGAAUGAGUGGGCCCAUGUCAACUGUUCAAUGUGGUCAGCAGAAGUGUUUGAGGAGGACAAUGGCUCCCUUAUGCAUGUGCACAGUGCAGUCGCCCGGGGCCGACUCAUGCGCUGUGAGAGAUGUAAUCAGACAGGUGCAACUGUGGGCUGCUGCUUGACCUCUUGUCAGAGUAAUUACCACUUCAUGUGCGCCCGUGCUCGCAACUGCGUCUUUCAGGAUGACAAGAAGGUCUUCUGCUACAAGCACCGGGACCUGAUCAGCGGAAAGAUGGUUACUGGGCAAGAGUUUGAAGUUCUUCGCAGAGUUUACGUAGAUUUUGAGGGGAUUAGUCUCCGCAGGAAAUUUCUCACUGGACUGGAGCCAGAAUCGAUCAAUAUGAUGAUAGGCUCUUUGCAGAUUGACAAAUUUGGUGUACUUACUGAACUCUCGGAGAGUCAAGGGAAGCUAUUUCCUGUCGGGUAUCAGUGCUCUCGAUGGUUCUGGAGCACAGUAGAUCCACGCCGCCGCUGCAAGUAUACCUGCCGGGUCCGGGAGGUCAGGCCUCCUGUCCAGGAGAAACCUGUGGAGGAGACACCUGAUCAGGGAGAGAACCGCACCAUUGCCCACGGCCCCUGUCCCCACAUCGAAACUGAGUCCACAGAAACUCACAUAGCUUCACAGUCUUCGGUGACAGAAGAACCAACUAGUGUCCCUACUCCUCCCUCAAAACCGGACCCAGCCACACGACCCAAGGUCCCGAGCUAUGCCCAGACCAGGAGACCUGCAGGAGGGAUGUCCCGACCUCUUCCCUCUCCAGGGACUGCUCCAUCAAAGUCUCACCAUAUUCUGACCAUCAGUGACCUGGAUGAGACGUGUCGGCCCCGUCGCCACAGCCCGCUCUCACAAUCUCAUGGCACUGGCACCCGCAGCCGCAUUUCCUCUCCUCCCCUGAGCAGUUCCUCAGGACCAAUCACCCUUCGUGCAGGUGGAUCCCUGCACCCCAAAGCCUCCUCUGUCGCUUCCCCUGCCACCUCUCCACUCUUCCCUCUUGGUGCUACUGAAAACAUUCUGACCUCUUCUCCAACCUGCCAAAGCACUGGUCGAAGUGCUCCCUUGGCCAGUGGGACUGGGAGGGUGGCACCACACUCUACCUCAGGACUCUUUCCUCAAUCUCCAUGGCAAGAUGGUACCUGCUGUCCUUCCUCAGUUACACCUGGCAAUCUGUCCUUCUCCCCAACAAUCCACCACUCCUCAAGAGCAAGGAUAUCUUUUGACCUGAGUCAGACAGACACUGCAGAGGUGCCACACAACUUUAUGGCCUCACCUGAGCCAGAAGAUGUGGCAUCAAGAAAUGGAACCACUUUGUCCCAGACUGAAUGCCUUAGCCCUGGAAAAGGUACUAACCUUGCCCCUAAUCAGGAGUUUUCUUACACUGCUUUUGAUGUGGACUCUGACGUGGCUGUAACAUCAGUGCUGAAUUCAGAACUAGACUUUGAAGAGACCAUGUUGAAUGAAGGUGUUGCGAUGAACUGUGGUGCUCAAAUUGUGGUCUGUGGGGAUGGGGAAGAGAACCCAGAUGAGUUUCGGGACAGCGAAGCUGACACAAACAAGAGGACCACACAUAUAAGAACCUCCACUUGUUCCAGCAUGCCAGCCAGGGAGGACUGGGGUAACACAUCCUCUGAUGAUGAUAUGGAGAAUUACUUUGAUUUCUCCCGCACUGUCGUCACCUGUACAACUCCCAAGGAAACCUCUCAAGCCCUGCCACCAUCUUCCUCUUCUUCCCAUCACAUUCCCCAGCUGGAUGGUGUUGACGAUGGGACAGAAAGUGAUGCCAGUUUGGCUACCAGUGAUGGCACGCAGAAUCUAAAGAACUCUGCUCAGGUUCAAGUUCAGAACCCAACCCAGUUGUUAGAUGCAGUGCCUCAGGAGGAACGGAAGAGUAACGGGUUAUGCAACCUUACUGCAUCUUCUGCAUGCCACACUGGUAAUAUGCCUUCUCUCAUAAAACCAUUUGAGGCUUCUGCCAAAGCCAGUAUCUCUUUGUCUUUAGAAGCACCACCUGAUUAUGUAUGUCAUAUAUCCACAGAAGCAACUAAUUCCAACCAGCUGGCGGGAGCAAUCGGUGAUCACGACGUGCUUUUGGAGAUGGACGCGGCAAGGAAAUGUCGAACUCUGGAUGUGUCCUCUGUUUCAAAGCUGCAUACAGCCUCUUCUACCGAUGCUCAGAAGUUGCAGGGUCAGAAAGUAGAAAUGGAACAACAUUCAUCUGCAGCAGGUUUGGAUAGCUGUAAGGUAUUAGAUAAAGUGCAUUCUACAAGCUUGAUGGGACAGGCAUCAGGUUCUGGUGCCCCCUCUGGGAUUUCUCUUGUCCAAGGAUUUUCUGACCUGCCAUCAGCAAAUGCUUGCUUGACUGAUAGGGUUACGGUCCAAGGGGAUGUUUCUUUGGACUUGGAGCCUAACGAGGUCCCCCAGGAUGUUUUCUUGGACCCAAGCAGUGGGCAUUUUGUUUCAGCCAUGGAUGGUUCUGCAGUUGAUUUGAAUGUCUUGAACAAGAGCACUGAGGAUAAAGUCUCCUUUGCAUGCCCUGCAAAUCGAAUGUCAAAAGAACCUUAUCCACCAGUUAGUGAGCAGUCUCCAGCUCCUGUGGUGAGCAUUGUCCAGUCUGUACAGCGACCAGUUGCCAGUUUGAAACCCAUUACUCACAUUCGUGCCGCAAUAGAUCCACUACAGUCUACCAAGGUAACAGUUUUGCCAUCCGUGGAAAAUUUUCGUACUUCGCUGUUGUCUCCUACAGAUUCCUCUCGACCGAUUCCUGUUGCAGUAACUUAUGUAUCUACUGGUUUUACUCCUCAGAAUGAAACUGGGUCUUUGGCAGCAGGUUCAAGCCUGUCACUUGGGCCCUAUAGUUCAGUGUCUGUCCCUGUUUUCCCUGCACACACACUAUCAACAGGUUCUGCAUCUGUCUCCUCCUGUCCCGCCAUUGCCAACUCUGAAGGUCUAUCUUCUCAGUUGAGAGAUGCCUCCCAGUGCCAGUCAGUCCGUUCUGUAGCUCAGCAAACAUCUGUCUCUGCACCCACUCCUUUUCUAAUAAAUGGCUACAGUGCCUCACCCUUGCAGAAAGAUGCUCCAACAGGGCGUACAAUCUCCAUCAACUUUUCUACUCCCAGAGCAACACUUGACAACCAGCAACAGGUGAUGAAUCAGACUUUACCAGGCCAUGCUAUUCUUACUGUUCGGGAGUUGGGUGGCCCCAACAUAGACACUACGCCACAUGUCCUGCUUGUGAACCGCCUUGGCCAGAUCUUUGUCAAAAAUCCUGAAAGCAACACGUUCCAGCUGCCAAGCCCAAACUCUCCUUCUUACGCAUGUGUCAACCAGAUCUCCAGCCUCCUUCAAAGCAAUGCUCUGUCUGCCACUCUUGCUGCUGCAGGCAGCAUAUCAGGCACUACUGGAACACCAGCCCAGGCACAGAUUUCCAGGCUUGUAACCCCAUCAGUAUCUUCUCCGGUGGUCCACACCCAUGCCGUUGCCACAAGUCUUGUGAACUACAACGUUAACGGAGUGGUCACAACUAGUGAAGCCCUGUUGCAGAAGAGUACACUGGAAGUAAAAAGGUCCAAGAAAAAGAGAGGUACUCCUAGCCCAAGGAAAAACAAGUCAGCUGUAAGCCCAGUUCUUGCCACUGAAUCGUCUACUGUCGAAGGCAGCACUCUGGUGAACCCCCAAGCAGUCAUCACCGAAGCCGUGGCUAGCUGCCUCAACCCCAUCAGGACUGGUGCCCAAAUUCUCACUUCCUCUCAGUUGCGAAAUUUGAACAGAGUACCGGCCCCAAACCCCAUGGUGCUGCCCCAGGGCCUUCUUAUUGAACCUGAGCCUGCUGCCAAGCCCCCUAGCACAAUUUCUCACUCCCGCUCUCAGGUCCGCAUCAAGAGGGUAUCCUCUUUGUCGGACCGCAUCACAGCCAAGAAAUCAAAGACUGACAUCUGUGAGUUGGAGGCUCCUGCUGCUUUAGAGGAGCCACGCAAGUCAAGUUGUGCAACAUCAAGUAGGUCUGGGGGUGUCCGCAUUAAAACACCAACCGUAAAAGGGGUUCUGGACCUGGACAAGCCAAAGGAAGAACGCUUUGGUGACAUCGAGAAUGCUAGGCCAGGACCUUGGGACCGGUUAUCUCAGUCUAGGAAUGGGGAUUCCAGCCAUAGCAGAUCUGGGACCUGGGAGAAUGUGGGCCGCAGUGCCCUGACUGACUGGAACAAAUACUCAGGUGUCAUCUCCAGCUCAGAUGAUGAGCUGCCACCCCCUGAGCUAGAUGAGGAAUACCCAUCCAGCAAAGAUCAGCCCCACUUGCGUUUUGAGAUCACAAGUGAAGAUGGCUUUAUUGUGGAGGCAGACAGCAUAGAAGUGGCAUGGAAGGCAGUGAUUGAUGGAGUGCAGGAAGCUCGUGCUGGUGCCCGGCUCAAGCAGCUCUCCUUCAUGGGCAUGAGCGGUGCUCGCAUGAUGGGCUUGCUCCACGACGCUGUUGUCUUCUUGGUGGAGCAGCUGCAAGGUGCCAGUUCCUGCCAGCGUCAUACCUUCCGCUUCCACAAGCAGGACAAUCAGGAGGAAGAACUCCCCGUGAACCCUAGCGGCUGUGCCCGCUCUGAGGUCUAUAUUCGGAAAUCCACCUUCGACAUGUUCAACUUCCUUGCUUCCCAGCAUAGGCAACUCCCUGAUUAUGGGCCUUAUGAUGAAGAGGAUGAUGAAGUCCCACUUAAAUCUACCAGGCGUGCGACCAGUAUGGAGCUGCCAAUGGCCAUGCGCUUCAGACAUCUAGAGAGGACAUCGAAGGAAGCAGUGGGUGUUUAUAGAUCUGCUAUCCACGGACGAGGUUUGUUCUGCAAGCGGAACAUUGAUGCAGGGGAGAUGGUCAUAGAGUACUCUGGAAUUGUCAUCCGUUCUGUCCUCACCGACAAGCGAGAGAAGUACUAUGAUGGGAAGGGCAUCGGUUGCUACAUGUUCCGCAUUGACGACUUUGAUGUGGUAGAUGCCACCAUGCACGGCAAUGCAGCCCGCUUCAUCAACCAUUCCUGUGAACCCAACUGCUACUCUCGUGUCAUCAAUGUGGAGGGCCAGAAACAUAUUGUCAUCUUUGCCCUGCGCAAGAUCUAUCGAGGCGAGGAGCUCACCUAUGAUUACAAGUUCCCCAUUGAGGAUGCCAGCAACAAGCUAAACUGCAACUGUGGGGCCCGCCGCUGCCGCCGGUUCCUCAACUAGAAGUUCAAACUUAUCUGUUUAGGAGAACGGGGCAAAGAGGGAGAGAGAGAGAGAGAGAUUGGGCCAAGGCAAGUAGGUCCUCCACAGCCCACAUUGUGCUGGAGAAGAGCUGAGAAUUUGCACUACUCCUAGCCUGGGAGAAACGAGAUACACGUUGUACAGCAAAGAGCUGGGUGCUGGCAGCAACUGGUGCACUUUCCGUUUGCUUCAGCUGGCUGCUAACACCUCUGCCUCUUCUGCUGGAAAAAAGAGUGGUUUCAGAGAACAGGAAACCGUAAAAGUACCAUCACUGGUGGUUAUUUUGCUCACCAAUUUGAAGAGCUACUGUAUCUUUUAAGUCUUGGUCAUUACAUUAUUCUUUGCUGAAGAAAUACUGGCCCACAGCCUAUGCUCAAUAGUUUGGCAGACAGUCCAUGAUUAGUGUCCUGUUUAAAUGUUUUUAAAGGUAUUUGUGCUUGCUUAGCAGCGUGCAUUCAGUGUAGCUAAUCGCACCUCCUGUCAUUUCUCAUGCCAGGUGCCAAUAUUUGCUUUUAGAAGAAAUUUUAUUUGAUGUUCUUAUUGCCUUGUUGGCCCAAGUUGUCUUUGUACUGCAUACAUAUCCGUUGAUCAUCACAGGUGUUUCUACUGAGUCAAACAAGCGAACCAUGUUUGGAGCUCCUGUUGAACUUUUUGGUGUGAAGUUGAGAAAUAAUGGACGUUUUUAGCAGCAGAACCAUGUAUGCUAUGUUUUUUACAUUUUAUUCAGUGUUUAUGUUGCAACCACUUGCUUUUCUCCAAUAGAUGAUUUCCUUGUAGUUGUCUUUCCCGAUACUCAAUGGUUUAAAUCAACACGUUGUGCUUUCCCCUAGAAUUUCCUCAGGAGACAUGUCUGUUCUCCGGAAUGGACUUUUUAUUUACAAGGUUAAGGCCAGUCAGACAGUGCUCUGUUUUCAUUACUACAACAGUGUAGAGAAUAUAUUUGAAUUGGUCGUCAUAACAAACGUUUGUCCAUCAUGUAAAACAAGUUUCUCUUUUUGUGCUUCAUAGUGAGCAAUGAAACUCACCAGGGAAUUGCUUCUGCUUUACUAAGUUGUCUGUACUUCGGAGUACUUGAUCUGUAGUCUCUGUAAAUGGCUAUAAUAGGUGUGGUAACAGAGUAAAACUGUCUUUUGCCUUCUUUUUAACCUUGCUCUUCUGUUAGUUUUUUGUUUUUCCCGUUGGUGAGCUUUCAGUUGAGUUGGAUUUAAUAUUUUUAAGUUUUCUUUUUCCUUUCCUUUUAUACUGUUUCAGUAAAACUUCCAUGAUCUUUACAUAAAUCAGGUGAACUGCAGUCGUCCGUAAAAAGGGCCAAUACAAACGCCUGGACCAACCUCUCUCUCUCUACUGCCCACACCCUGUGGUAGAGCCAUGUUUCCUUCAGUCUGUUGGUUUGCUUUAUUACUAUUCAGCUGAUGGUGGCGUGUUUCUGCAGUACCCCUCCCACCAGUCCUACCAAGUUCUCGCAAGGAUUCUACCUCAGUUGCUUAGAGAGAUGUAAAGGAACGCGACUGCAGAAACAGGACUCGCUCUCAGCUCGCAGUCCUGCAGAACUGGUCUGUGUGUGUGCGUGCAAUGAAGGAUGCAAAGCACUAGUUUAACCUGAUGUUAACGGUCACUAGCAGUACUGUUCUUCAGACCUUGUGUACCAACACAGGGUUAUUUUAAAGUUUAAAAAAAAAAAGUGGAAAAAGAACAUAAUUCUGAAAAAGUGGUGAACUUGGCUUUGUUACCUUGUACAGUAAACCUAAGUUUGUACAUAAUUGUAUACAUAUUUCUAAACCUGUUUAAUUUUUCUAUGCACUUUUUUAUUUAUGAUGUCAUUUGCUUAAUAAAGAUGUUAAGAUGUUUGAAAUUCAA